UCAGUUUCGUUUUGGACGAUUUUCGGCAGAAGUAGAAAAGAGUGCGUGUGCAGUGUUUAUCUUUGCGUGGCUUUCCGGCUUAAAUUACCCCUGAAAUUCGGUUCAGGUCUCCGCCUGCGACUGUCCCUCGGUCAGUGGCAAAUGAUUCCGUGGAAUUUAGUAACCAACAACGUGUAACUAACCCGCCGCAACGAUGAUCGUCAACGUGAACGUGGCCCAGGUGCGGUGCUUCUUCGAUGUCUCCAUCGGGGGGCUGCCGGCCGGCCGGAUCGUGUUCGAGCUGCAGCCGGAACUGGCCCCGAAGACGUGCGAGAACUUCCGGGCGCUGUGCACCGGCGAGAAGGGCAUCGGCCAGAAGACGGGAAAGCCGCUGCACUAUAAGGGAAUUGUGUUUCAUCGAGUAGUGAAGGAUUUUAUGAUACAAUCGGGAGAUUUUUCCAAUAGCAAUGGAACCGGAGGAGAGUCGAUCUACGGCGGAACGUUCGACGAUGAGGAAUUCACGUUGAAACACGACAAGCCGUUUUUGCUUUCUAUGGCCAAUCGUGGCAAGAAUACAAACGGUUCGCAAUUUUUCAUUACAACGCAACCUGCACCCCAUCUCGAUAAUGUGCACGUUGUCUUUGGCAGCGUUGUGUCCGGGCACGAUUUAGUGCGACAGAUUGAGCAACUGCCGGUGGACCGGAACUCGCGACCCCUGCAGGACGCGGUCGUCGCCAACUGUGGCGAGCUGGUGCGCCAGGUCAGAGAGCGAAAGGAAAAAAAGAAGAAAAAGUCCAAAUCGAGCGCCAGUGAUGAUUCCGACGACGACGACGACGAGUCCUCGAAGAAGCGCAAAAAGGAUAAAAAGAAAAAGAAGGAAAUCAAGAUCAAGAAGGAAAAGAACAGUGACGACAACCUCGAGGAGGGAGAGUUGGACGAUGACGGAGAACAGCACCCGAUGACGACGGUCACCAAGAUCGAUCCCAGCGAGAUACCGGAGGUUUCCAACAAAUUUCUGAUGCGCGGUGACGGUCGAAAGCGCGAGGACGGCGAUGACGAGGGUGACGAUCGCGGUCGCAAACGAGAUCGAUUCCGCGAGCAGCGUGGCUUCGGGUGGUCCAAGAAGUACGUUCCGGUGUCCAAGAGUGGACGCGUCAUCAAGGGGCGCGGCAAUUUUAGAUACCGCACUCCGUCGCGCUCAAGAUCAAGAUCUCGUAGCCUAACGCCGAUCCACUGGAAGGUGGCACAGAAACGUACAAUCAAGAUGACCGAUUUGGAGAAGCUUGAGGAUGAGAAGCGCGUGCGCGAGGAGGAAAUCAAACGGCGGGAGAUGGAGCGCAAGAAGCGCCACGAAGGAAUCGCCAAGGACUCUGGGAAGAAGUCGUUCUUUGAAGUGAAUCAAGGUGGACAGGUGGAAGAUGGAGGUUCGGAGGAUGAUGGUGAAGGUAAGAAGACGAAUGACAUGAACGCUUUGGACUACGAGCAGGGAGAUUCGGACACGGAAGGUGGGACCAAGUACACGCGCAAAGUAACGGUGGCUCGAGCGGAGGUUGAGAUCAAUCGUGACGGAGACAACGGCGCUAAGAAGGACGGUAAAUCCAAGUAUCGCAAGCAACGGCAGAGUUCAAGUCCCUCUAGUGACGGUGGAGGAGGUCGGGAUGGAUCUCGCAGUCGAUCGAGGGAACGUCGUCGGGACUAUCGCGAUCGUGAUCAGAUGCAGGGAUACUAUCGUGGAGGCGGUGGCGGGUACCGCAGACAGUUUGGAGGUCGCUGGAACCCUCGGGGAGGUCGUGGUUACUUCAACAAUAAUCGUGGCCGAGGUGGUUACUAUGGCGGAGGAGGGUACAACAAUCGUUACGAUCGACACCGACGUUCGCGUAGCAACGAGCGCAAGAAAUCCCCAACUCGAGAUCGCAGCGGCCGCAAUCGCUCGUACUCGAAAAGUUCAGGAUCACGCAGCCGAAGCCGGUCGGUAUCUCCGCGACGCCGCACCGAAAAGAACCGACGUCGCAGCAGCGACUCCCGCUCAAAGUCUCCUGCGUCGAGGAAGCAGCCCGAACAGCAACAUCAAGCCAAGCAGGCAAGUCCCGACCCGGCCGUGAAGCGAGAGCUCACCGAGGAGGAAAAGGCCCGACUACAGAAGGAAAAGAUGCUCAAACGUGCGGAAACGCUACUGCUGCUCAAGAACCACAUGGAGAAAGAGAUCGAAGAGCAGCAGCGCAAGCAGCGCGAAAAGCAGAAACAAAAGGAGCUGGAAGCGGCCGCGGAACUGGCCGAGCUCGAACGCCUCAAAAAGGACACGAUCGAGCAGCUUCAGCAGCACGACAGCAUGCGGGUCGUCGCAGCGCACAAAAUCUUGGAGAGCAUCGUGAAGGGCAGCAAAACGACAAAGCAGCCCGAAGCGAGCUCCUCCGGCAAGAAAAAGUCCCGCCGCAAGCGGGACUCGUCGCGAUCGUCGUCAUCGUCAUCCGACGGGGAUCGGUCACGCAAGCGGAAGCGUGACAAGAAGAAGAAAAGGAGUCGCCGUCGGUCGUCCUCAUCAUCGUCGUCGUCGUCCUCGUCGGAUUAGAAGAACUCGAGAGCAACAGAUUUUAUUGGUAGGUAUUUGGUGUGAGUGUGUGUGUGAUUUCAGGUUUCCUGGACAACAGACGACACUUGUGGAUCUCCCUCACCGCGCGUUUAGGUUGGUUUGAUUCGAAUAAAUUGUACGUUUUAUCACGUAGCACUAACAAGA